UCCUAGUCUGUAACUCCCCGAGGCUCGAACAUUCUCCUGCUAUCUCUAUUUUAUUUGUAAAUCCCUCCUUCUCGGUCAUCCUGUUAAACCGGCGCAAUCUAGAGGGAUUCAGAGGUGGGAAUAUCUCCACAGCGACACCCUGGUCUCCAUGUGAGCAGGUGCGUAAAGCAUGGAUCCACAGUUAUUGGAAACUCGCUCACCCUCAGUCUCAAAGCAAACCUGACUCAGCCAACAUGAACAACCACUGAAGACAAGAAACAAGCUUUUUUUAAUCUCCGGACUGAGAUAGAUGACUUAUAAAGUGCUUUUGAAAAAUUCCAUCCUUGAAUCUCGGAUGCAUGAUUGUGCCACUUUAAAUAGGAUUCAGAGAGCAUGAUUUGAAUGCCUGGUUCAGACUGGUUGGAUUUGGUUUGGAAAUGAACAGCGCACAUACUUUAUCCCUAAACAGGACAGAGAUGGAGGAACUUCCAGAGGACUUCCAAGAACACAAAAUUAUGAACACUGACAGCAUUGAAUGUUCUUUCAACGGCUUCCCUCAUGUGCGAGGACACGAGUCUGCAGCCCAACGCUACACAGCGACAUGCGUACAAGCUGGAUUUCCAUAUAGUAUGGCAGACUAUCUGAUAAGCGGAGGAACGGGCUACAUCCCAGACGACGGACUGUCCGCCCAGCAGCUCUUUUCCGUAGGAGAUGGUCUCACCUAUAAAUCAGAUCAGCAGUCUGUCCGAGAUGGACACACGGCAGAAGAGCUUUUUUCUAAAGGCGACGGUAUGACUUACAAUGACUUUCUGAUUUUGCCUGGCUUCAUUGACUUCACCUCAGAUGAAGUGGACCUGACCUCAGCAUUGACCAAGAAGAUCACAUUGAAGACCCCACUCAUCUCCUCGCCUAUGGAUACCGUGACUGAAUCCUCAAUGGCCAUCGCAAUGGCACUGAUGGGAGGAAUCGGCAUCAUUCAUCAUAACUGCACACCAGAGUUUCAGGCCAACGAGGUGCGCAAGGUCAAGAGGUUCGAGCAGGGUUUCAUCACAGAUCCAGUAGUGUUGAGUCCUCGUCACACUGUAGGCGAUGUACUUGAAGCAAAAGUUCGACACGGGUUUUCUGGGAUCCCCAUAACUGAGACUGGCAAGAUGGGCAGCAAACUAGUCGGCAUCGUCACCUCAAGAGACAUUGAUUUCCUGUCUGAAAAAGAUAAUAAUAAAUAUUUAGAGGAGGCCAUGACUAAAAGGGAGGAUCUUGUAGUCGCUCCUGCUGGUGUCACAUUAAAAGAGGCCAAUGACAUCCUGCAACGCAGCAAAAAAGGUAAACUGCCCAUUGUGAAUGACAAGGAUGAGCUGGUGGCCAUCAUCGCCCGCACAGACCUGAAGAAGAACCGGGAUUAUCCUCUGGCCUCCAAAGAUUCCCGCAAACAGCUGCUGUGUGGAGCCGCCAUCGGCACCCGUGAGGACGACAAAUACCGGCUUGACCUGCUCACACAGUCUGGGGUUGAUAUGGUAGUUCUGGAUUCGUCACAAGGCAACUCUGUAUACCAGAUUAAUAUGAUCCAUUAUAUCAAGCAGAAGUACCCGGAGCUGCAGGUUGUGGGUGGAAAUGUGGUUACAGCUGCGCAGGCGAAGAAUCUGAUAGAUGCUGGAGUGGACGCACUAAGAGUGGGAAUGGGCUGUGGGUCAAUCUGCAUCACACAGGAAGUCAUGGCUUGUGGAAGACCUCAGGGUACCUCAGUUUAUAAGGUGGCAGAAUAUGCUCGGAGGUUUGGAGUGCCAGUCAUUGCAGAUGGAGGCAUCCAGACUGUCGGCCAUGUGGUGAAGGCUCUGUCUCUGGGGGCAUCGACAGUGAUGAUGGGGUCCUUGCUGGCCGCCACCACCGAAGCUCCAGGAGAGUAUUUCUUCUCUGAUGGGGUGAGAUUGAAGAAAUACAGAGGUAUGGGCUCACUGGAUGCCAUGGAGAAGAACACCAGCAGCCAGAAACGAUACUUCAGUGAGGGUGAUAAAGUGAAGGUGGCUCAAGGAGUGUCCGGCUCCGUGCAGGACAAAGGCUCCAUCCAUAAGUUUGUCCCAUACCUCAUCGCUGGAAUCCAACACGGUUGCCAAGACAUUGGUGCUAAAAGCCUCUCUGUACUUCGCUCCAUGAUGUAUUCCGGAGAACUAAAAUUCGAGAAGAGGACCAUGUCAGCUCAAGUGGAGGGUGGCGUACAUGGACUUCACUCCUUCGAGAAGCGUCUUUACUAAAUCAAGCAGACGAAACACGGAUGGGAAGCAGCGACCAAACACCUCAGACAAAGUUAUCCCACCCUGCCAGCACACAUUGUGAAAGAAAAGUAUUAAACUAGUUUGAGAGCAGGACCUUAAACUUAUCCAGUCCACAAAAACAUGGCAGUUGCACUCAAAGGGAGCAUCAGGGUUACCAAAAAAACUCCCUGUGUUUGUGUUUUUGCAUCUGUGUCUAUUAGCAGACCAGCAAAAACAAGGCAGCAUUUGGUGCGAAUAUUCUUGAACGCCUUUUCUCUCAAACUGAAAUACGUUUUUCCUACGGGAAGCACUAAUAUCUCCACAUCUACCAAUAAAACGAUGACUGCCAUGAAACCAAGUGCUCCAGCUCUACUUGAGGCAAUCUUUUCUGUAGUAGACUUGUAACUACUGAAGAUGCGAUAUAUUUUUUAUUUUCGAAGGCAGAUUAAAGAGGUACGUCGAAACAUUCAUGUCAAUUUUGUGAUCGUUAAAGCUGUCGUUUUAUGGGCGGGACGAUCUUUGUCCACCAUUUUGCGUCCUGUAACUGUGGGUACAAUUCAUACUGAAAAUUGAUUACCAAAACUGAUAUCUGUAGAUAUAUACAUACGUACAGUAGUUGCUCUGAGAGUAUUAUGAAAUUGUGUGUGGAUUAUAUUUUCUGACCAAAAAACGCUGGAAGGGUUUGUUGAUUUAUCAGGGUUGAUUAAUAAUUGCGACGGACUUUUAAUGCAGUCUUUUUGGGAAUUUUAAAGAAGAGUAGUUAUUAUGAGUCUUUGUGAACACAAUUGCGAUUUUAAUACUUGCAUGCUGUGGUUUUCUUUCUUUUUUUUUUUAAAGCCACAAUAUGGCAACAUUUGUACUAUUUACAUAACUGCCAAGUGCGUUUUGUUUUUGUUAACUUGACUAUUUAAUCUUCUUUAAAAGCCAAAUAGAUGCUGUGAGGAUCCUGGUUAUUUCUCAGGAUGUAUUUGUCUGUGUCAUCUAAACGUCCCCUACAGCUUUGCACGUUGGGUGAACCAGUGAUAUGCCUUGAAUUGUGUAAUAAAUGAAGGACACGUCUGUCUUAACCCAAAAAUCACUGCCAAAAUGAAGCAUGUCAUCCAUAAACAUUUAAUUUAGUGUUUUUGUUUAGCUUUUUGGUAUCAAAAUCAUACAAUAGCAUUGUAUUUUCUUUCAAAUUUCCAGUAUAACGAUGUACAAAGAUCUUUUUAGUCAACUGGAUGUUGAUAACUGUUUGUAUGUUGCUUUGCCCACAGUCACAGUCUUUGACAACUCGAGAGCCUCGUUUGUUUACGACAGGUUGCAAAUCCUGUUCGAUAUUGUUGAUAAAAUAUGAAUAAUAAACUUAAUCUGUUACGCA